CCAUUUUCUUGGCCGACACUUCAGCAUCGAUUGACGGCGCUCACAGAUCGCAAAUCCUCCGAUUCCUCCGAUUCUAUUGCGUUCGAGACGAAAGGAGGACGUUACACCUUCGUGGUAGAAAGAAGAAAAAUGUUUCGGAAUCAGUACGAUACCGAUGUGACGACUUGGAGCCCUGCGGGGCGGCUCUUCCAAGUGGAGUACGCAAUGGAGGCGGUGAAGCAGGGAUCGGCUGCAAUUGGGCUACGUUCUGCGACCCACAUCGUUCUGGCUACCGUGAACAAGGCAACCUCCGAACUUUCUUCUCACCAGAAGAAAAUCUUUAAAGUGGAUGACCACAUCGGCGUCGCUAUCGCCGGCCUAACGGCUGAUGGUCGCGUGCUCUCCAGAUACCUUCGCAACGAGUGUAUCAAUCACUCCUUCGUCUACGAAUCUCCUCUCCCCAUCUCCCGCCUCGUGGUCCAGCUCGCCGACAAAGCUCAGGUUUGCACACAGCGUUCAUGGAAAAGGCCUUACGGUGUAGGUCUCCUUGUUGCUGGCUUGGAUGAAACUGGAGCUCAUCUCUAUUACAACUGCCCUAGUGGAAACUAUUUCGAGUACCAAGCUUUCGCGAUUGGAUCCCGUUCCCAAGCUGCGAAGACGUACCUGGAACGUAGAUUUGAGAAGUUCAACAAGUACUCCCGCGAAGAAUUGAUCAAAGAUGGGCUCUUUGCCAUCAAGGAAACCUUGCAAGGUGAAAAGCUAACAAGCGCCAUCUGCACGGUUGCUAUUGUUGGGGUUGGGGAGCCAUUUCAUAUCAUUGAUCAGCAGACGAUCGAGGAAGUGAUAGAGUCCGUCGACAUUGUGGAAGAUGCUCCGGGGGCGGCUGCUGCUGCUGCAGAAUCUGCUCCUGAAGAGCCAAGUGCAGCUCAAGAACGGGAGGCAGCGCCCAUGGAUAUCUAAUUUGUUGUAUGGUUUCUGCAGUAAAAUUAUGUUGUUCCUGAUAGGAGCUUUGCCGGUGACUUUUUGGGAUUUUAUUUAUUUCUGCUGCUUUAAUCUUUAUAAUCCUCUUAUGUUCCCAGCUCCAUAAUUUGUUUGGGACACUGGAUUUGUGACUAUUUUUAAGGACGGAAGCCAAAAUUUACUUCAUUUGAUUUUUAUCUUAA